AUGUGUGACUACUGCACAACCAACGGGCCAACGAUUUGUGUCUACUGCACAACCAACGGGCCAACGAUUUGUGACUACUGCACAAUCAACGGAUCAACGAUUUGUGUCUACUGCACAACCAACGGAACAACGAUGUGUGACUACUGCACAAUCAACGGGCCAACGAUUUGUGACUACUGCACAAUCAACGGAUCAACGAUUUGUGUCUACUGCACAACCAACGGAACAACGAUGUGUGACUACUGCACAAACAACGGGCCAACGAUUUGUGACUACUGCACAACCAACGGGAACUAUGUGUGA